AUGGCAGACGGUGGCAAGCAUGUCGCACUCCAACAUCGCGGAGACCGGGCUGUUGCCGGCCCCGACGGCCCCACUGCCACGACCAAGGCCGGAGCCGAGCCUCGCGCCGAUGCCGAUGCGGACCCCGUCGAGCCCAUUCACACGGAGCACCAGCUUAGCUUCCUCGAGGCUGUCAGGCUGUACCCAAAGGCCAUCGCAUGGUCCGCUUUUUUCUCCAUCGGGGUCAUCUCGGCUGCUUUCGACCAGCAGCUCGUGGGCAGCCUCUACUCAGCGCCACAGUUCCAGCGCGACUUUGGCUAUAAGUAUAGAGGCGAGUACAUCAUCGAUGCAUCGUGGCAAAGCGGGCUGAGCAUGGGCCCACCCGUCGGCCAGGUCGUCGGCGCACUCUUCGCCGCAUACCCCAUGGAGUGGUUUGGCCGCAAACGCACGUUCGCAGCCUGUGUGGUUGGCACCGCGGGGCUCGUUUGUAUACAGUUCUUUGCUCGUGCCAUUGGCGUCCUCGUCGUAGGCGAACUGCUCGCGGGCCUGGUGCUAGGCGUCUUCGUCGUCAUUGCGCCAACCUACGGCUCCGAGGUGUGCCCGACAGCCAUCCGGGGCCACCUUACAUCUUAUAUCGAGCUAUGUUUUGUCCUUGGCCAGCUCGUAGCCAACGGCGUCACCGUUGGCACCCAGCACAUGCGAACCCACUGGGCCUACUCGCUCCCCUUCGCCCUACAGUGGUUCUGGGCCGCUAUCAUCAUCCCUGGCCUGUUCUUCGCUCCGGAGAGUCCUUGGUGGCUAGUGCGCAGGGCCCGCUUGGAUGAUGCCCAGGAGUCGCUGCGCCGCCUGGCCUCGCCCGACGUUGACGUUGCAGCGACACUCGCCUUUAUCGUCGAGACGAACCGGCUCGAGCUGGAGCUUGAGGCGGGAAGCACGUAUCGGGAUUGCUUCAGGCGCGUCAACUUGCGACGCACCGAGAUUUCGUCUGGCGUUUACUGUGCCCAGGUAUUGUCGGGAAUUUACCUUAUCAGCUACGGAACCUACUUUUUCCAGCAGGCUGGGCUACCGACGGACCAGGCCUUUAACAUGUCGGUCGCAUUCCUGGGCAUCGGCUUUCUCGGCGUCCUCGUGUCUUGGUUCCUCCUCGUUUGCGUCGGGCGCCGGGCUCUCUACGUCGGCGGCCUCGCCGUCUUGUCCGGUCUGCAGCUUCUCAUCGGCAUCCUCGACUGUGUCCCCGGACGCCCAAGCGGAGUCAUAUGGGCAGAAUCUGCCCUGAUGCUUGUAUGGAACUUGCUAUACAACAUGACCAUUGGUCCUGUCUGCUUCGUUCUUCUGUCCGAGUGCUCCGCUACCCGCGUGCGCUCCAAGACGAUUGCGGUGGCCACAGCUGCGCAGGGGCUCUUAGGCAUCGUUAUGACCAUUGCAAUUCCCUAUAUGAUUAACUCGGCCCAGGCCAAUAUGCAGGGCAAGCUGGGCUUUUUCUUUGGAGGGCUGGCUGGACUUUGUCUACUUUGGGCCUAUUUUCGUGUUCCUGAGACUAGAGGCCGGACUUAUGAGGAGCUAGAUCUCUUAUUCGACAAAGGGGUGCCCGCGAGGAGGUUUAAGCGCUACCAGUUAGACAACAUACUAGGGGUGAGAGCUACGGAUAGUCGAUGA